AUAUAUUUUAGGGCAAUGAAUGGUGACUGAUUAACACUUAGCAGAAUGAAUCCAAACAACAGGCAAAAGGCUCUUGUCAAUGUGCCUCGUACACUGAGACCAAAGGCUGUGCCAGUGAGUCCUAUAAAAUCUCCGUUAGGAAAUUUGGUUCCGCAAGUGGCUGUCCCAAUGAUGAACCCACAAGGUCAAGGACAGGUAAUUUCAAGAGGGAAUAUUGUACCUCAAGUGUUCCAUGGUACAUCACUAUCCCAAACAAUGCCUACCACACAACCUAGAUUAACUGCCCAGGCCCUCUUCCCGCAGACUGGAGUUAUAACACAGAUGCCUUUGUCUCAACCAAGAAUGGCUACUCCAUAUCCACAAAGCGGCAUUGUCUCCCAGAGUUUAACUGGACAACAGACCAGAAUGAACAUACAGCCACUAUAUCAGCAGACUGUGUCAGUUUCACAAUCUGGCCUUAGAGCCCAGCCUACAAUAACUGCUCAAGCUCUUUACCGACAGGUUGGCCCUUUGUCACAGAAUCGUUCUGCAACCCCGCAACAAAUUGGUGCUCAGAUAGUUUAUCCACAGACUGUUCAAAUUGGUAGUCAGAUGCCCUCAGUUCAGAAUAGAGUCUCAAUGGUACAAAAUGCUGGUUGUGUGGUGCAGAACAGUGUUUCAGGGGUACGAAGCUCCCUAUCAGUGGUACAAAACAAAGUGGCCAUGGUACCAAACACCGCCUCUGUGGUUCGCAACACAGUUCCAGUAGUACGUAGCAAUGUCCCAAUGAUUAUGUCAGCUUCACCAGUAUUUCAAAACAUCAGUUUCCAACCGGGAGGACAGCUUGCAUACCCGUCACAGAUGAACGCCCAGGUUCAACCAAGACCACAAUUUGUUUAUCCAGAUCUGAUGGCUACUAAGGUUCCAUCUUCUGUCUUAAGCCCAGUCAUCUCUACUGCCACAAACCCUUUCCAGCAGAAAACUUUCUCUGUUGCGAAUCAAUUAAGUAUUAAUCAAGUGUUCACCCAGCCACUCAUGCAGCAUAAUGUUGUUCCAAGGUUAGUUCAAAUGAAUCCAGUUCAGAGUAUGGUACAAAAUCAGCUAUUGCCUACAGUGGCUCCUGAAAUUCAAAAAGACGAUGGUUUGAGUGUGACAGGGGAAACUGAAGGUUCGAUAUCGGCUAAGCAGGAUGUCUUGGAUAGUGACAAUAAAGUAAAAUCCUGCGAUCAAGAAAAUGAAUUAGAAGCGGGAAUAAUGUCAGAAACUACAGGGUUAGAGCCCCUUGCCGAGAAUGUUACUGAUAUCAGUGAAGGAUCAAAGACUGACGGUGUUACAAAUGAAUACACUGAAAUGACUCUUGAAGAUAAUCUUAUAUCAGAUGCCCAAUUAGGAAUUAGACCAUUUGAUAAGAAAGUAGGCAUAGAGGAAACUUUGCUGUUGUCCAGUGAACAGAAUUCACCAAUGGUGAUAGAUAAUGCUACAUCAGACUCUAGGGAGUCAUCCAGUAUGUCUAAUAUGGUUAAUACAAGUGACAUUGAGGAGUUGCUGCUAUUUCCGUCAUCAUUUGACACCGAGUCCUCGCAGAAUUCUCAAGCAUCUUUGGAUUUCACAAAUUCGAAGGCAGAUUUAAAGAAUACAGAAGAGUUAUCAGAAGGAGGGGACCAGGAAUCAAGGCAAGGUGGCUUGGAUCAGCAACAUUAUACAUCAGUGCAAGAUCAGACUCAUUCUGAAGACAGUGUUGAACCUUAUUUGGAGAUUCAACCUUUGACAUCUGAUUCCGAAGAUUCCAUUGAAGCACUGAUUGAAACUGAUGAAGAUGAUGUAAAAGAUGCUGAAAUUCCUGACCACACUACAAAUAAUACAGUCAGUGACCCUGAGGCAAGCAAUGAUGCUCUGUCGCAAAAUAUUUCUGAAAGUGGGGAUCAAGUUUUUGAACCAAUGGACGAGGGUUUGGAACAAAAUAGUCGAAGAAAGAUGGAAGAGGUGAAAGAUACCGAAAGUAUACAUUCCAAUGUAGAAAUGAAAAUGGACGGUUCUGUAAUGGCGGAUAUAGGUAGUCAGCCGAGUAGUUCGGAGGAUAGCCAAGACGCGGCUACAGCUUCCGACAUGUACGAUAUAUACACUGACGAUAGUAAUAGUAUAACUUGGGAAAAUUUUCAUCAUACUGUGUUAAAGUUAAAGGCCACUAACAUCAAAGACAAAGCACCUGUUACUUUCACAUCACUUAAAGAAAGUUCUUUGGACAAUACCCCAUCCAGCUGUGAUAUAGUGAGUGGUGAACCCACGUGUACAGAUGUUGAUGCUGAUAAUGAAACAGCUCAGUUUAAAGAUGAAACAGCUCAUGAACAAAGCUUUGAAGGAGAAGAUGAUGAGCCAGAAUUUGUAUGGGAAGAUUAUCUUCAACAGACUGGAACUACUGCAGUUCCUCCAACAGCCUUCAAACAUGUUGAAUGUAGUCUACAGAGUGGGUUUAUCCGAGGCAUGAAACUGGAAGUUCCUAACAAAUCUGAUCCCUCUACGUUCUGGGUAGCCUCGGUUCUCAUGACAUGUGGGCCGUUGUUAAGGUUACGAUACGACGGGUACGGUGAGGAGAGUUCCGGAGACUUCUGGUGCGAUUUGAACACUACUGAUAUACAUCCGAUUGGCUGGUCGGCCCAGAACGGAAAAAAUCUACAACCACCUGAUGACAUUCGGGACAGAGUUAGUGAUUGGAGAGUAUUUCUGCUAGAGUCACUAACAGGGGCCAGGACUGCACCUUCAUAUUUCUUUGAAAAGGGUACUGGGUGCAGUCCAGUUGACCAGUUGAAUUGCGGUAUGAGACUUGAACUUCAGGAUAUACUGAACCCUCUACAUGUCUGGCUGGUCCAGAUCCUAGAAAAUGUAGGAGGAAGGUUGUACCUGAGACUUGAAAGCACCCAGUCUGCCUCCAAACAUUUCUGGAUGUUUUACUUAGACCCAAGACUUCAUCCCGUUGGCUGGGCCAGUGAGCAUGGAUGUGUCUACAAACCACCUCAAGAUAUAUGUGAUGAACAAACAGAUGAAAACUGGUCAGAGAUUCUACAGGCAGCUCUAAAAGAAUGUGAGGAGGAUGGUGUACCUGAAGAUGUGUUUAAGGACCAACAAAUAUUGAAAACUCACCAGUUUGCUGUUGGGAUGAAACUUGAAGCGUUAAAUCCAGGUAUGAAUACGAUCGGUCCUGCCACCGUAACCAAGGUGAUCAACAAGUACUACUUCAUUGUUGAGAUGGACGAUGUGAGGAUUGAACACGAGAACAUUCAAAUCUGCUGUAACUCCGAGUAUCUGGGAAUAUUUCCUAUCUCAUGGUGUCAGUGUAAAGGAAUUCGUCUAAGUCCACCUCUUGGGUGGAGUGGUGGAGAUUUUGUUUGGGGAGAAUAUUUGUCAAUGUGUAAUGCUAAAGCUGCUCCAGAGAAGUUGUUUCACUCUGGAACAGAGGAUCAUGAGUUUGAGAGAGGUAUGAAGUUAGAGGCUGUCAACCCCAACAAUCACAAUCAGAUAUGUGCAGCCACCAUCACCAAGAUUGUUGGUCCGUUGCUAUGGAUACAUCUAGAUCAUAUGAGAGACAUUCCUAGUCAUAUAGAAGACAUAGACUCGCACAAUCUGUUCCAUGUCGGGUGGUGUGAGAGUAAUAAUUAUCAACUUAAACCACCAAUAAAGGCAAAAAAGAGACAAAGACGCAUGUCAGAACGGAGAACAGAAGAAGUUUAUCGCUCAAUAACAUCUAGUCAGACAAAAGGUGCCUGGUGCCCAACGAUCUACUUCAAUCACAGAUGUUUCUCUGGUCCAUAUUUAAGCAAAGGUCGUAUAUCAGAUUUACCGAAGCAUGUUGGUCCAGGGCCGAUGGAUCUUGUUCUAAGAGAGGUAUUAAGUUUGUUAGUGAGUAUAGCAUAUGUGCCUUGUAGAGCGUUGAAAGAGAUCCAACAAGAAGGACCAUUCAACCCGAGUAUGAAGGCACACAUUCUGAAAGCAAAGUAUAAAGGGAAGAAGUACAAGGCUGUUAUAGAGGUAUGUCAGACUGAGUCACAGUUGGAGGAUUUCUGUAGAAACACGUGUAUUAAGCUGGAAUGCUGCCCGUACCUGUUCAGUCCCGUACAAGUACGUAACAACUGCCCUGAAAACUGUCAACAGCUGACAAAAACUAAAUCAAAUCCAAAUUAUGGAAAGAAGAGAAAAUUCAGCAACUUAAUCAGUGUGAGGUCGUCCACAUAUUCUGAUGACCGAAGCAGGGAACCGAAGAAACGAGGGCGUAAGAAGAAACGAUUUCUAUAUAUACAGAAGAAAGGUCAAGGUCAGAGGCAGUACGAUGCUAAUGGUGAUCUGUUGAAAGAUGAAGGCUUCAUUGAUUAUGAUGAUGAAGAUGGAAUAAUGACGGCUGAGAGGAGAAGGUAUGACAUACAAACAAGAGGAGCAAAAUUGCCGAAGUAUAGCUUCGAGAAAAAAUCACAUAGAAAAAUACUGAUGUCCCAGGGAGCAGCACAUGCUGAAAAACACAAGCAAGGAUUAAAAAGGCUCAUACCGAAGUCUUGGCCUGUGGAGGUAAAAAAUGAGCGCCCCCUGGUGCCAAGAGAAGGUUCCAUGAAGUUAGAGAGUAACCCAUUAAAUUGGUCUGUAAAUGAAGUUGUACAGUUCCUGAAAACCACUGAUUGCUCACACCUUGCCAGGAUAAUCAAAGAACAGGAAGUGGAUGGGCAGGCAUUUCUGUUAAUGAAUCUAUCUGCUAUACAAGAACAUCUUGAGCUGAAAUUAGGACCAGCCGUGAAGCUGUGCCACCAGAUAGAGAGGCUCAAACUUGCCUUCUAUGAGAACUACGCUUGAACUGUUACCAUCGCGUCAUACUUAGUCUGUUUAGGCUAACUUAAGAAAUCAAGUUUUAUAUUUAGAACAUAUUUAGAACAAUUCAUCACAUUAGUGCAGUAAGAGUUUAACUUAUAUUAAAUUAUAGAAGGAGUUAACUCGUUACUGCGCUGAGAUGACAAAUUGUUGUUUGACCAGAGAUUAAAUAUACACAGAAAUCCGUUCAGUUUAAAUGUGGUUACAGAAGAUGAAUGGCUUGAAAAUAUGAUGUGAUUUUGUUAGAUGGACAGAGAAAAAUGGCUGGUUUUAAUUGUGAUAUGAUUUUGGGUGUGUGAGUAAACUAAAAGUUUGUAGGUAGAAUGUGUUGUGCGAAUGUUUGAAUGUUUGUUUAUGUUGUGACAUAAAGUCAAUGUUUUUUGUUGUAUUUCUUUGGUACAAGAUUUUUAUGUCACACAAAACAUGGGACAUAAUUUUUUUAAUGGAACAAGUAACUACCAAUUAGAUAAGCAGUCUUAUUUUGACAUUUGAUUGACAGCCAUUUGAAAUGCAUAGCGUUUAAAGGAACUCCACUGAGGUCAAAUAGCCUUAAAUCAUUUAAUUUGAAAUUCUUUCAUAAAUCUACUGGUACACUUAAAAUUGAAAACUAUGCAAUAGAUGAUAUAUAAAUAUACUCUGUAUUAAAUUGAUAAUCAAGUUUUGUGCUAUUUUUUGGCUGAUUUAAGUGAAAAGUGUUACAGCGCUUUUCAUUUUGAGGUCAAUUUGCAUAAUAAAAUUGAUUAUUCCUGGAAAACGGAAUGAGCAAAUGACCUGAAAUUUUUUACCUAAGUUAUUUGUGAAGACCUACAAUAUAUAAAAAGGACAUUAUACAAAGCUGUUGAAAAAAUAUAUUUUUUGGUUCCAUCAUGUGAAAAAACCCUCGGUCAAGUCCCUUUAAAAUCAUAUAUUAUUGCAGUUAUUAUAAAAAUUACAUGGAUAAAUUUUCUUAAAGUUAUGUUCAGACCAUUUAACUACAAAACAGCUUCUAAAGUCGAACGCCACUUGGGUUAUAUUUAAUUAUUUAUCUUAUUUACACUGUUAACAAGUUGCAAAACAAAUAACCUUUUCAAAUUGAUUGACAUUGGUGCUCCUGACAGUGUUUGUCGUGUAAUACCUCAGACAAAACAUAAGCAUUAUUGUAACCUAACUGUACAUACACAUUUUUAUUUCUAGAUUUGCAGGAAACAAAUUGUACAAUAUUUCAGUAUUAUAAACUUAUUUCAUUUCUUGUGUGCAUAUAUUAUUACAUGCCUAUUAUUCAAUAGGAAGACUUCUAGUACACAUUUUAACUGAAUGAUGUCAGUUAUUUCAAAGUAAUGUCUUGUUUAAUUGUUGGGACUCUCACAAUUGAAUUAAAUUUGUUUCACUUCGGGAUAUAAGAAUUAAAAUUAUGUUAAAGGAACUCCACUGAGGUCAAAAGCCUAAAAAUAUAAAAUUUGAAUUUCUUACAUUAAUCACUUAUGCACUUAAAGAUAUGUAAAUGAUUAAUAAGAAAUAUAUAAAAAGGACAUUAAAUAUAUUUUUGUGCUAUUCUAAGCCCAAUGUGAGUGAAAAGCAUUUCAACACUUUUCAAUUUGGCACAUUUAGAAUAGUUAUUCAGGAAAAUAGAGUAAUCGAAUGGUGCAAAAUUUCUUACACUAGUUAUUUGUCUAAACUUUCAUUAAAUGGAACACUAAUCUUGAAAAAUUAUUUCCAGUCCCAUCAUGUCAAAAAAUCUCAGUGGAGUCCCUUUAAAAUGCCAUAUUUGUGAUUCAAUUAAAUGUUGUACAAUUAUUUUAUUUUUCACAAGAAAACUCAGCCUUACUAUGAUGUGGUAGAUAUGUUUGGGGAAUAUGACCGGUGUUAACUUAACUUAAACUCUUUAUGUUUAAAAAAAAUUAAGGUUCAUGUAUGGGAUCAAGUUGGAAGAAUAUUGAUAUAAAUACAGAGGUGUUACUUUUAUUACAGUGUCAUUUUAGUUAUGUUUAAUAUGAGUACUAGGAAAUUAUUUGAUUGACAGGUUUUUUCUUUCGUUUUUUAAAAGAUUGAUUAUUAUAAUGUCAUAACUUUUAUACAAUUGUUUGUUUGGGAUAGAAUAUAAAAACGAAAUUUUCAUAUUUUUUACAUCCGACUAUCAUUUGAGUUUUUCCCAAAAACACUAACAUUUUGAUAUCUAAUAUAUAUUACAUGGGUAUAAAUUUUCAGGCAUUUGCCUGAAGUUCAGGUUUUUUCUACUUUUGAAAGCUCUUGUUUUCUAUAUAAAACCAAUUGAAAUAAUACUGCGUUUUCAGAUUUUCUGAUAUUUUUAGUUAAAACAAUAUUUUAUUGAUAAUCCACACAUUUACAUAAUAAAUUACAUAAAAUAAAAUUUACGGAUUGAGUAGGAAGCUUGUAAAGAUUUUUUGAAAACUCUCUCCGUAAUCAGUAUUUAACAAAUUUCAAAUAAAUGGUAACAAAAUAUAAAUGAUAUUUUUAACUUGCACCCAUGAUAUAAACUUAUUGAUUUUUGCUUUGUUUUUACAUAAAACAUUGAGUUUUAUAUUAAACUUAAAAUUGAACAUUGUUAAAUAAAGGUAUAUAAAUUGUUUUAGUGAACACUUUCAUUUCAAGAAAUAACAUCCAGUUGUAAUCUGGCGGUUGCUACACAUUUAUUGUCUUUCUCUAUGUUUAUUGCGUUAGAAGAGAACAUAUUUAAGAUUAAGAAUAUAGAAAAGAAAGUAUUUAAGAUGAUAAAAUAUGUAGGAAAGUAGAUCCAAUAUGGUUAUUUGUCCUUUUAAUUGUUAAUAUACAUAAAUAGAUAAUUUUAGAUGAAAGAAAUUUAUUAAAUUUGUCUUUUUUUAAGAUUCUGGGGUAUAUGAACAAAACAAACAUUCGUUUGGUACAUGUUCUUGGGUCAUUCAAACAAAUUUUGUCAAGCUAUAGUUAGUUAAUUUAUUUAUUUUACAGUGUGCCUUUGAUAAUUUAAGAAAAAAAUGAAUGUGCACAUUUUUAGUGGAAUGUAGUUAUUUUUUUUUGUUGUGUUGAGUGAAUAUGGUUUGAUUGUUGUUGUUAAAUUAUGUCCAUUUAAUGUUAAUAUUGUUAAUAAAAUAUUGCUGGAAGAUGUCCAAUAAAAUUGGUGCAAUUUUUAAAA